UUGCCUGGAGACGUGUGCAGUCGCUGGUGCAGACGGAGGAGAUGGAGAAGUAUGAGAAAAUCAAAGUAGUUGGAAGAGGAGCUUUUGGGGUAGUGCACCUGUGUCGCCGGCGCGGUGAUGGAGCCUUUGUGAUCUUGAAGGAGAUCCCAGUAGAGCAGAUGUCCCGCGAUGAACGCCUCGCAGCGCAGAACGAGUGCCAGGUGCUGAAGUUGCUGAACCACCCUAACAUCAUAGAGUACUACGAGAACUUCCUGGAGGACAAGGCUCUGAUGAUCGCUAUGGAGUAUGCACCAGGUGGAACCCUAGCUGACUACAUUCAAAAACGCUGUAACUCCCUGCUGGAUGAGGACACCAUAUUGCAUUUCUUUGUCCAGAUCCUGCUGGCUCUCUACCAUGUGCACAACAAGCUCAUCCUACACCGAGACUUAAAGACCCAGAACAUUCUGCUUGACAAGCAUCAAAUGAUCGUCAAAAUAGGCGACUUUGGAAUCUCCAAAAUCCUUGUCAGCAAGAGCAAAGCAUACACUGUGGUGGGGACCCCAUGCUACAUCUCUCCGGAGCUGUGUGAGGGAAAGCCCUAUAACCAGAAGAGUGACAUCUGGGCUCUGGGCUGUGUGCUCUACGAGCUAGCCAGUCUCAAAAGAGCUUUUGAGGCCGCUAACCUACCUGCACUGGUGUUGAAGAUCAUGAGUGGCACCUUUGCCCCGAUCUCAGACCGUUACAGUCCAGAACUCAGGCAGCUCAUCCUGAACAUGCUAAACCUGGACCCAUCCAAACGCCCACAGCUCAAUGAGAUCAUGGCUCACCCUGUCUGCAUCAGACCCCUGCUUAACCUCUACACAGAUAUAGGCAAUGUCAAAAUGCGCAGGAUUGAGAAACCCCUGUCCACGAUGCACUCUGGAGCUCAUGGCAGAUCAGUAGGAAGAAUGACUGGCACAAGGUCAUUCAGAGAUGGACUGAUGGGAACCGGAAAGCUGCACUCCUUCCCCCUGUCGUCAGUGUACACAUGGGGCAGUGGGAUCUCCGUGCCCCUACGUCUCCCCAUGCUCAACACAGAGGUGCUGCAGGUGGCCCUGGGUCGCACGCAGAAGAUGGGAGUCACCAAGUCAGGCCGACUCAUCACCUGGGAGGCUCCGUCAGUAGGAUCCGGUGAGUCCACUCUACCUGGUGCAGUAGAGCAGAUGCAGCCGCAGUUCAUCUCACGCUUCCUGGAGGGCCAGUCCGGAGUGACCAUCAAGUCUGUGUCCUGUGGGGAUCUCUUUACCACCUGUAUGACAGACCGAGGUAUUAUUAUGACGUUUGGAAGUGGAAGCAAUGGCUGUCUUGGACAUGGGAAUUUUAAUGACGUAACACAGCCGAAGAUUGUGGAGGCCUUACUCGGAUACGAGCUUGUCCAAGUGUCAUGUGGCGCUUCCCAUGUGCUUGCUGUGACCAAUGACAGAGAAGUAUUCUCCUGGGGAAGAGGAGACAAUGGUCGCCUGGGCCUGGGAACCCAAGACUCCCACAACUCUCCCCAGCAGGUAUGUGUGCCGGCUGACUUUGAGGCCCAGAGGGUGCUGUGUGGAGUGGAUUGCUCCAUGGUUAUCAGCACCCAGAACAGCAUUCUGGCCUGUGGCAGUAACAGGUUCAACAAGCUGGGGUUGGAUAGGAUCAAUGCUGAAGAAGAGCCUGCUCCCUCCGACCAGACUGAAGAAGUCCAUUCGUUCACUAUGGUCCGAUCAGCACCACUGAACAUGGACAAUGUUGUUUACAUUGAUAUUGGAACUGCCCACUCUGUUGCUGUCACAGAUAAAGGUCAGUGUUUCACGCUUGGCAGUAACCAACACGGUCAGCUGGGCUGUAGCUCCCGCCGCACCAGUCGCGUGCCCUACUUGGUGCCAGGCCUACAGGGCAUCACCAUGGCAGCCUGCGGAGAUGCCUUCACUUUGGCAAUUGGAUCAGAAGGAGAGGUGCUUACUUGGGGAAAGGGGGCCCGUGGACGCCUCGGUAGGAAAGAGGAGGAUUCUGGGAUUCCGAAAGCAGUCCAGCUCGACGAGAGCCAUCCGUUUACGGUGACGUCAGUUGCCUGUUGUCAUGGCAACACUCUUCUGGCAGUGAAACCUCUGCUUGAGGAGCCCAUCCCCAGAUGAAACAGCUUUUAAAAAAAACUCCAUCAACCAUCCACCCCCUCUGGGGCUGUCAUGAGACAAACGCGAUGUGGUCCUUUGUUGCUCAGUUUGGAGUGCAUAGUACUUGUAGCGCAAGGGUAGUGGCUAUGAUUACUGGAAACACCAAUUUGUGAAAUGUAUGCAUACAUGACUGUAUGUUGCUUUAGAUAAAGGCAUCUAAGAUAUGGCAUGUAUUAUGCACUGUUUGUUAUACUAUACUGUUGUAUAGAUCAAUGAAAACAUAUACUAUUAAAAUGGUAAAAUAAUUUCAAUGACAUUAGUUGGUUUUGAAUAUGAUGCACCCAAAAUACAUUUCAAUGAAUUACACUCCCAAAAUAAUAUACCAUGCUGAAAUACCACCCUAUUUCAAGAAUGAUUUAGAUUCUGGAUACAUUUUCUUUAUACCUCCAAGAUGUUUGCUGUGAGAAUGUAAGUGGAAAUCAUUGGAAAGUUGUCAUGCAGCAAGGUACUGUCGAAGCUUACCAGCAUAGUUAGCAUCAUUAAACACAGAGACGUCCAUACGAGGAAGAAUAACUGGUUUGGCAACUGUACUAACCCAGUAUUAAUUUGGCAAAACAAUGUAUGAGAAGAUGAAAGGCUUCUUGUUUACUACAGUUUACUUUGUUUCUUUAAUACUGUUGACUAAAGGAGACCACUUCCAUAUAAUGCAAUAUUAUAUAUGCAAUAUUCCAUAUUUUAAGUGUUCAUUUGAUUGUACCUUAUGACUGGUCUAUAAUUUGUAAAUACAACAAUGCUUUCAUAUGUUUUGAGCCACUUCAAUAGCAUGUGUCUGACUGCCUUUGUGAUGAUGCAAUGCGGAAGCAACAAGGUUGAUGACAACUUAUAGCUUUUGAGUAAUUUCUUAUGGACACAAAAUUAGUCUGAAUGAGGCCAAGUAAUUUUCUUGUCAUUUGAAACCACAUUAUAUUAUAAUACGUUUUUCUUAUUAAUGAUAUAAAACUUGAAAUGUGUUGAAAGAUC